AGUUUUUGUUAUGAUAUUUUAGUUUAAGAAUAAACUUGAGAUUGUAAACUUAAGUUUUCUUAGUUCCAUCUUUAAUUUUACGAAGUUCUUAGUUUCUGUUUGUUCUACCCUUACCUUCCCUGCAUCAAUGUUGGAGUGUAACAAGUGUCAUAAUGCUCCUCUUGGAAUGGUGGUUGAAGAUUUUGCUUCGAGCUGGAUGGGAAGAUUCAUAAGAAUUUUAUGUGUCCUGAAGGACGCGAAGAUUGUGUUGGAGUGUAACAAGAAAGCUCUGGUUUCUUAUGGUCCUAAAACUAACAGGUUCAAGGCUCUAAAGAUCACCCGGCUCCCGUAGCAGUUCCAAGCUUUUGCUUUCCAACAUACUCUGUUCUCAGUAAAGGAAACCUUUGAAAUGAUCUUCACAACUCUUCUUUAGUAGAGGGAUAUAUAAUUUCCUCUGCUUUACUCAGGCUUCCAUUGUUUAUAUAAUGAUUAAUUAAUCAUGUUUUGUAGUUACUGGAACUUUUGAAGUUGUACAUUUAUUGAUAGAUUCAAUUAAUUAUAGGAUUGAAG